ACGCUUCAGUGUGUCAUCAUGAGGACGCCGGAGCUGCUCGUGUCGCUGCUGGCUGCCGUCUCGGCACGGAGGGAACAGGGCGGUGUGCCGCUCAGUCACGACGUGCAGCGGAGACACAGCGGCGGCUUCGUGCCGAUCCCGGGCUACCCCGGGCACCACCACGGCAAUGGGUACCCGGGAGGAGGUAGCCAGGUACCGGUGUACCCGGGGCCCGUGUACCCCAACCCGCCGCCGUACCCGGGUCACCACGGCGGUCCGUACCCGCCGCCCGUACCGCACACAUCGGUACACAUCGAGCCGGAGAAGAUCGUCCUCAACUGCGUGGUACAGGGGUACGCCUCCACGCCGAUCCAGUGGCUGAAGCCGGACGGGCCCGGCCUGGUGGCGGAGGGCGGCGCCGUUCUCUGGGACCGACGGCACAUCCUCGUCGAGAGCGACGUGUUCGGCGGCGGCCGACGCUCGCGACUCGUGCUCUCCUACCCUCAGCCGCGACACCUGGGUGUGUACCAGUGCCAGGCCGGCAGCGCCGCCAGCAGGGCCUUCCGCGUCGGCGGGGACGAGUUCGGCAGCGGAGGUUUCCAGCCGGUGUUUCACGCUCGCAGCGGCGGCUCCGGUCAGAUCCUGGCCGCGAGGGAGCCCGGCUCCGAGCCGGAGCCGGAACCGGAGGAGAGAGGGAAGAGCGAGCCGCUCACCGAGGCAGAGGAGCGGGAGAAACAGGAGAUCAUCGAGACCAUCAAGCGUGAGAUAGAGGAUGUGGAGAACGCCGUGCGCAGCGCCCGGAGCCUCUGAGCGGCUGCUACACCGGCCGGCGGUGGUGAGGUCAUGGACCUCUACCACCGUGACACUGCAAAUAACGGGUAUAAAGGCGUGCGCUUGGUAGCUGGAGCAUUCGGUACUAGGGCAUUUGUGUGUUUAGUGUCAUGGGAUGCAACAAUUGUCAAAUGCCUUGAAAGUGAAUGCAGUAUAACAUAUGUAAGGUGACAGAUUACCAUGGAUAGUCCGUCUCUGGCUGCCCAUUGCCCAUCUCUUUACGUUGAUCCGGACACUUUCCGGUGUCGGUCG